AUGAAUCGACCCUCAACCCGAAGCGCAAGUAGGUUAAGCAUGAAUAGCACUACAAGACAGCUCGCAUCAGGAGGUUUGAACGGGGCCGGCCGUGCCCCGUCGCGAGCAUCAGGCGAGGACGAUGACAGCAUCCGGACAGCCGUCCGCGUUGCUGUGAGGAUCAGACCGCCUUUGAAACCCACCGAUCCCGGAUAUGAUCUCAUUCCGCAGCGGUUCCAGCGGUCCAUGGCCCAGACUAUGAAUGAUACUUCGCUUACGAUAGACAGCCCGCAAGGUCGUAAAGUGUUUAUUUUCGAUAGGAUCUUCGGGCCUGAUGUGCAACAGGAUGGUGUUUGGGAUUAUCUGCAGGACAGCAUCAAUGCCUUUGUGCAGGGCUACAACGUAUCCAUUUUGGCUUAUGGGCAGAGUGGUGCCGGGAAAUCGUAUACGAUGGGAACGUCUGACCCAAAUGAGCGCACAUCACAAGAUUCCUCCGGUGUGAUUCCGAGAGCUGCCUUCGCUCUUUUUGAGAAACUAUCCCCUAUCAGCAAAAGUACGACUACAGGAAUCAAAGCACCAUCGCGGUAUUCUACGCCCCUGCCAACCUUUCAGAAGCAGACUACGCCCCAGGAUAGGCCUUGGUCGAUGAAGGCUACAUACGUUGAGAUAUACAACGAGCAACUUAGGGACCUUCUGCUGCCGGAUGGAACAAAUACGGGAGAAAGACGGCAAGUCAAUAUACGCGAGGACACCAAAGGCCGUAUUUUGUUGACCGGCCUUCAAGAGAUGCCUAUUGAGAGUGUCGAUGAUCUUCUGGCUGCAUUGAAUUUCGGAUCUUCUAUUCGGCAAACUGAUUCUACAGCAAUAAAUGCGAAAUCAUCACGCUCACAUGCAGUAUUCUCCAUAAAUCUUGUACAGAGGAAGCCGAGGUCGACAUUGGGCCGCGAUGCUAAGGAAAAGAGAUAUUCUGCUCCCGCGGAUAUUCUGGCUUCUGGUUCCGAUGGGUUUAUUACCGUUGAUAGCAAGCUACACUUUGUUGAUCUAGCAGGGAGCGAAAGGUUGAAGAACACCGGUGCCCUUGGGGACAGAGCAAAGGAAGGCAUAUCGAUUAAUGCUGGGUUAGCUAGUUUGGGAAAAGUGAUUUCACAGUUAUCCUCAAGACAGCCAGGGUCACAUGUCUCCUACCGAGAUUCUAAACUCACCCGCCUCCUUCAAGAUUCACUAGGUGGUAAUGCCUUCACAUAUAUGGUUGCUUGUGUCAACCCUGCUGAGUUCCAUCUCAGUGAAACCUUAAACACUGUACAGUAUGCUCAACGCGCCCGUGCCAUACAAAGCAAACCGCAAAUUCAGGAAGUUACUGCGGAUGGCGACAUGCGGGCCCUCGUAGAAAGACUGCGCGCUGAGAUUGCCUUUCUCAGAGAUCAAGUUCGAAAUUCUGAAGGCUCAAAUACUCGUUCAAACCGACACUCUGUUGAUCGAUCAACGGAAAAGGAAGUAGAGCUGCAGAAUCAGCUGCUGGAUGCACAGGAGAACCUUUCUGCCCUUAGCCAACGGCACGCGAAGCUUAUCUCCGAAAUCACAAAGGCGAGGGACACCGAAUCAAGCGAAACACUGAAUCGCCAUUCGGAUGUUGCAGAGGAUAGGAUAGCUCGCUCAAAUUCGUUUGCUGAAGCAGUCGAACAAGUCGUCCUGGAGUAUGAGAAAACCAUCCAAAGUCUCGAAACAUCACUUUCGAGCACAAGGUCGAACCUUUCCGCCACGGAAAGCUCCCUUCUCGAGAAAGAAUCCCGCUUAGUCUACCUUGAAACAAUAAAUUCACAACUUCAAAACAGGGUCCAGAAACUUACAGACCGGGAGUCUAGUACGGAGACGUAUCUGGCCGAUCUAGAGGGCAGGCUGAAUGGUCAUACUUUUGGCGAAGAGCGAAGUUCUGCUGCGAUUUCGGAAUUGCGUAAAGAAUUGACCAGAGUCCGUGAAAAUGAAGCAAGUUGUGAAGACUAUAUUUCAACACUCGAGGAGAGGCUCGCAGAGGCCGACCAAAGUAUGGAAAUCAUGCAGAGGGAACUGGAGCGCCUUGAACAUGUAGUCGAGAGGCAAAGAAGCCUGGGAAAACUAGAUAAUCUUCUUCACGAGCUGGAUACCCUUACUCACGCCCCGGGACAACCAGAAACAGCACCCGGUGUUACACAGGCUGACCAGAAUCAUACACCGCAGAUCCCAGAAGGCGACCUGGAUUUGGAAGAGGGCCAUGGGCUGUCUAGCACCCCACUCUUGGUGGCCCCACACGUUGUUACUGGUUCUCCUACUGAAGACGGUGCCGGCCCGGAUACCCUACAGAUAGAUGCAACAUCCGGCGGUCAUGACGCUAUAGGCCAGGAUGGAGGAGAUAAUUUGAAAUUACGGUUUAAACUAGAACGAACAGCCAAAGAACUAGGCCACUUCAAAGAAAUGUAUCACUCGACGAUGACUGACUACACGGAUAUGACUGCUAGGUACGAGCGCGCGUUGCGGGACCUGCAUGAGCUCCAAGACCAACUUGAUGAACACCGGCACGGCAGAAACAGUCUGAUGCUCUCAAAUUCAGAUGAAAUACCACCCCCGUCUCCCGAGUCGGUUUCAACGUCGUUCGUCUCAACCCCGUUGGUUCAACAGAUUAGUUCGAAUGUGUCCCACUAUGGGCACAGUCAGUCGCAAUCUCAGAUACCCAACCAACAAUCGACCAUAAAGCCACAAACUACGGACCAAUCACAGCCAUACCCACCGUCUGUCUCGAAUACCGAUUUAGAAACCCGGCAAUUACACUGUGAUGAACAUACAGACCUCGGGGCUGAAUUUAGUGAGCUUGAGGCGCGGUAUCUGGGCCUUCAAGAGGAACACAGGGCAGUUCUUGAUCUCGUUGACGAUCUCAAAGCCACAAUUUCCAAAUCGCGUCUAGAUGGCGUAACAUCGCCAACAGGAGCUCAAAUACUUCGCCGAAAAUCGAGCCAGAAUCUUGUGGCAGUCGACAGAGCGAAUAGAGCAUUUAAAAGCCUACGGUCGAUAGCGCUCCAGUACCUAACGGAAAACGAAGAUGCGAGAGAAGUGUUCGAUCUCAAUAUAAACGCUGCGCUACAUGAGUUACAGUCUAGAUCUGAAAGGAUCCAGGAAUUAGAGCAUGAAGUGGUCGGCUUAAGAAAAGAUAUUGAGACCAAAACUGCAAUGAUUAAUGGCCUAGCCCGUGAAAGAUCAAGCAUAACAAGCUCCCCGAUGGAUAUCUCAGUUGUCUCAUCUCUCCAAAGCCGUUUAGCGGAGAGUGAGGCCGAACUUGAAAAAGCACAUUUGAGACUGAAGAUGCAACAAGAAGAAUUUGAACAACAAAUCAUUAGUCUGAAGACUGACUUGGAAGAAGCACAACUGUCACAAACCGUGCAAUCGAGACCCCCUAUUGCGAAUCAUUUGGAGGAAAAUUCUAAAGAUGGAGACACCUCGGCCGAUGUGAUUUCUUCGAGCGUGUUAGAACUAGAAGAGCUGUUAAAGACGGCUGAGGACGGGCAUAACUCUUCUUUUCUGGAAACGCUAGAACAACUGAUACUUAUUGUGGAUGGCCUCAUUAGUAUAGGCCCCGGUUCCCACGAUCGAGACAGGCACCUGUUAUUAUCCGCACUUUCGCAGAUUAAACUUAGAUUGGAGAUAAGUUGCGGUUAUGCCCGUUCAGAGGACCAGCGGCUUGCCGACCAGAAGAAUCCUUCCGUUUUGCAGCGGUCUGAUAUCGAUAUUUUGCUCGGACUUUUGGCUCUGCCUAUCGAACAAGAGCGAACAGAAUCGUCUACAGUGAUCAAUCACCCCGAUAGCGUGGGGGGUUUUGAUUUGGUUGCAUCGAAGACUAAAACCAUUAUGCAACGCCUUGAGCAGUCUCAAAUAGAAAUCAAGAGCCUUCAGGCGACUAUUGAGUCAAAAGAAAAGGAGACUUUCCAGCUCAGACAAACACUUCAGACUUUGGAGGAGCAAUUAGAAGCUAGUCGAGUCCGACUUGGAACAGAAGCUGCACAUUUAAAAGAUGCUCGGAUCAACAAUAACGACUUGAAAGACGAGGUUGCCGCUCUUGAGGACCUGAAUUUGAAAACCAAAGCCGAACUGGACGAGCUCAUUUCCCGGAACCGGCAGCUUGGUGAGGAGGCUACAUCAUAUAGUAAAGACCUCGAGGCGCAGAGGCUUCUGGUGGCAGAGUUGCAAGAGCUACACACUAUGUCACAGAAGGAGCUAAAUGACUUGAUCAAAAAGGAAGCAACCCACGCCGGUGUUAUAGAUCAACUGGAACAACAGCUAGCGAGCACCUAUGAUCAGCAUCAGGAUUCCAGGAAACGGCUUUUGGAGGCGGAGGAGGAACUUCGCGCCUUACAAUCAGAUCGCGUCAGCAUUCUGGCCAGCCAUGAGGCAACGGCACAAACAAAUUCGCAUCAUAUAGACAGUCUAAUGAACGAACUCAAUACCCUUCAGCUGAAACUAGCAGAUGCGCAGCUUGAAUUGACGUCUCUACCCCCUGGUACUGUUAAUCGCACGCAGCGAUCAAACUCCGUAUCAUCCACAAACCUAAGGAAGAGCGCAUCGACUGCUUCUUUGCCUUCUCCGCCACCCGUGAUCCCGCUACCACCUUUACCACCAAAUCAAGCGUCUAACGCUGGGGUUCCAACCGCCACAAGCUCAACACAAAUGCCUCCAUCGACACCAACGAUUUCCCGUCGGCCCAGCAAGGACUAUGUCGUGACCCAUCUCGAAGAUCAAGAAGCUAGAAUAAAAACGUUGGAAAAGCAACUACAAGCUGAAAAGGCAUUGACAGCGACCCUAGAGGAGGCUCUCACUGAUUGCGAAAAGACAAUGAAAAAGCUUACCACGGACAAAGAGUCAUAUCAGCGAAAGGCUAAUCAGGCUCAACAAGAACUUGAUAGAACUCGAAAUGAAUCACAAUCCAGUAGAUAUUCCAUGCAGGCAAUGGAGGACGAAAGACUCGCGAGGCUGAAGGCAGAAAAGGCGCGACAGCAACUAGAAGAGCGUAUGCACGAGCUAUCCAAGCAAAAGAAGAGUCGCAAUUUCGCAUGCUUCUAG